AUGUCGACAUUCAACUCACAUCGCCGUUCAUUGUCCGAAGUCUACCACUUUGACUAUCUUGCCACACGGGCUAACAAUACGACGAAAGAAUCAAACUAUUUGUUAUCACCUGAGGAGUGUGAAGACGACCACUACUCGUUUGUUCAAACCGUGCAUCACGAAACUGAGUGGCUUAAACAUCGUUCAAAGUCCGAGAGCUUCAUAUGUACAGCACAGGGGGUCGUGUUUAAGUGCCAAAAGUCUCAGUCCAAGAUUAAGAGUCUUAUGGCAUUGGCAUCUACUUCGUCUAGCUCUCAAAGCAAUGUGUUACUAGCGAAAAAGGCGUUGCGAUAUCGCAAAGUGCUUGAACGUCAAUGCGUUCUGGCCUAA